UUCAUAUUUUGCAUUUGCUUUUAGACUAUAGUCUAAUUAAACAUUCAAAACGCACCGAAGAAUUAAAUCCAAAUAGAGAAAGAAGAAAAAAAUGCUCAAUAAGAAGUGAAUCGAUCAACUGAGUGGUUUGAAUAAAGAUAUUGUUGUGCAUAUGUAUUUAUGUUUGUGGUUGCAUCAUUUAAUUUGUUGUUGAAGUUUCAAGUUCGUAUGAAGUGCACUUUUGUUUCGUCUUUAAAUAUUUCUAUGAAACAUCGUACUUAAACACAGUAUUAUGACCAACAAUGAUGAGCCAUCGGAUAGCUUUUCCGAUUCAUUUGAAACGAAUCAUCAUAGCUAUCGAGAAAAUACAACGAUAAAUUCAAGUACGGGAUUAACAACAAAUUCUAGUAAAUGGUAUCGUUUGAUACCGCGAUGCAUUCGAAAAUUUCUAGUAAAACAAAGUCAUCGUCGUUUAACAAACAAACAAACCGAACAUUUGGAAGAAAACACAGAAGCAAGAUAUCCUGGUAAUCCACUCGAAUUAGAUUUUAAUCCAGAUGCACUUUAUUCCAUUGUCGAUCGAUUUCAAAACGACGAAGAAGUCGCUAUGAUACGGGCCACCGCUCAAAUGGCCAGGUUCGGUUGGUUUUGGGGGCCCAUAUCGCGGCAUGCAGCUCAACAAAGACUACACGGAACGCCGAAUGGAUCAUUUUUGGUGCGCAAUUCACAAAUUAAUCUGCACAAUUUCACAAUCUCUUUUCGGACGGCUGGUAAAACAUUGCAUUAUCGCAUAGAAUUUGUAAAUGGCUACUGGCAAACAUUCAGUUCAAAACAUCGUUCAAUCGUUGAACUUAUCGAAGAUGCAAUGAAAAAAUCCAAAGAAAAUGUAUUUUGUUAUGUAAAACAAAGUUCAGAGCUAAUACCGCCGUUUCCAGUGCGCCUAACAAAUCCAAUCAGUCAUUUUGGUGACAUACCAUCGCUGCAGAAUAUGUGCCGAUUAGUCAUUCAAAAAAGCAUGAAUGGAAGAUUUGAUCGAAUGCACGCGCUGCCACUACCAAAUAAACUGAUUACGUAUUGUAAAGAAUGCGAAACAAUUUAUGGCGAAAUGCCAAUACGAAUAGGCUAAAUACAACUCAUACUUAGAAACGAGUAACACACACACAAAUGCAUAAUAUGCAGUGCUAGAUUUUAGGAGCAUUUUCAAAACAUGACUUAUACGAAUUGUAGUUUCGAAUCUCUUAUACGCUAUUACGAAACGAAAACUAAUCUCAUUUAUUUUAGCAUGCAAUCUUCUUGAUAUUGAUCCGAAGUUUGCACGUCUUAAUUUAUUUUAAAAGUGUCGCACAUUUUCUUUUUAUUCGAAUGAUCUGAAU